AGAGAGUAUCGGCGUCGGAGAGAGUUGAAAACCCAAGUUAAGAGUGAGUGAUGGUCUGCCUUGUGACCCAUCGGAAAUUCACUGUGCAUGGCUGAGAUGGUGCCGAUUUUGGGGCUUAGCAGACAGUGACUCAGACAAAGUGACAAUUUGGCAAGACACUCGGCUCGCCUAGAAGACGAGCUCGGGCUCGAUCUCGCACAAGAUUUUCCUCUUGGCGAAUCAAGCCGAGUCCACUGGUUGCAGCUCGUCACGAGCUCGAGCUUGUAAACAGUGCGCACGAGCCGAUCUUGAACACUCUCAAUUCGCCUGAGCUCGGCUACUUUACGGCCCUACAGUAUUUUGGUGUUUUGCUUUCCACAUGUACCCCUUAUCGUGAUCCCAUCCCAUACUGCCGAACGGCAUUAAAGUUGCUUGACUAACAAUUGGUUGACUUGAGUCAAGCCGACACCUCGCCGAAACGACAAGUCUUUUGUGUCCUCAUCACGGUUCUUAUCUAAAUCGCCAAUAUUCAUACAAACACUGAUAAUACAAUACUGAAAAUCUUGCAAUUAAAUUGGUUCAUCAAAAUGCCUUCCUUCAAUCCCUUCUCUCUUCCCAUCGUGUUACUUUACCUGCUUACCUUCCUCAACCUGACCACUCAUGCUGCUGCCCAAAAUUACCUCUACAACAUCUGUAGAAACACUACCAUCGCCCAAAAUAGCAUCUACAGUUCCAAUAUCAAGUCCCUCCUCUCUUCCCUUUCCUCCAACGCCACCGGUAACAUCGAAUUCUACAACACCACCGCCGGCCAAACCACCUCCAACCCCGUCUACGGUCUCUUUCUCUGCCGUGGAGAUGUCAAUGCUGAAAUUUGCCGAAAAUGCGUGGUCAACGCAACCCGAGAGCUCGCUAAAAGCUGUGCAAGGGAAAAAAUCGCUGUUACCUGGUACGACGAGUGCACGGUCCGCUACUCCAACGAGUCUAUCUUCUCCACUGUGGCCGUAAGGCCUAGGGUUCACGGGUGGAACGUAAAAAAUGUCACUGAGCCGGACCGGUUUAACCGGCUAGUGAACACGACGAUGACCCAACUGGCACGUGAGGCCUCCAACUUUCCAAUCGGUGUUAAAAAGUUUGGGGUUAAGGAAGUGCAGUUUUCCGAUUACGAAAAUACGUACAACCUUGUACAGUGCACACCGGACCUGUCCAGCACCGACUGCAAUAGUUGUCUUCAGGCUGCUAUAAACCGUUUUCUUAUACAUUCUAGUGGAAAGCAAGGGGGAAGAGUUAUGUUUCCUAGCUGUAAUGUUAGGUACGAGUUGUACCUCUUCUACAAUGUACCCACAGCGCCCGCGCCUGCAGCAGGGCUUGCACCUCCACCUCCACCUCCAGCCCCCAUAGCUAGAUCAAAAGGAAAAAACAAAAUCUCAACAGCAACGAUAGUCGCCAUUGCUGUUUCCAUUGCUUUGUCUGUGGUGUUGCUGUUAUUCAUUUUGGGCUACUGUUUCCUAAUUAGGAGAAAGAAGUACAAUGCUGUCGAAGGAGAUCAAAUUGAUUCAACUAAUGAUAUUACAAUUGUGGAGUCCUUGCAAUUUGAUUUUGCUACAAUUGAGACUGCCACAAACAAAUUCUCAGUUCAUAACAAGCUAGGUGAAGGUGGAUUUGGUGCGGUUUACAAGGGUAUACUUCCUAACGGACAAGAAAUAGCUGUAAAGAGAUUAUCAAGAAACUCUGGACAAGGAGCAGAACAAUUUAAGAAUGAAGUUGUAUUAGUAGCCAAACUUCAACACAAAAAUUUAACAAGGUUAUUGGGAUUUUGCUUGGAAGGAGAAGAAAAGAUACUCAUCUAUGAAUUUGCGUCCAACAAAAGUCUUGAUUAUUUUCUAUAUGACCCUAGAAAACAAGCAGAAUUGGAUUGGUCAAUACGUUACAAGAUAAUAGGCGGAAUAGCUCGAGGAAUUCAAUAUCUUCAUGAAGAUUCUCGGUUAAGAAUUAUACAUCGUGAUCUUAAAGCCAGCAAUGUAUUGCUAGAUGUCGAUAUGAACCCAAAAAUUUCAGAUUUUGGCAUGGCAAGGAUUUUUGGAGUUGAUCAAACACAAGGAAAUACAAGUAGAAUUGUGGGGACUUAGUAAGUUCUCAAUUUUUCUUCUGCUUUGCUUCACUAAAACCAAGGAUUGGAGUACAUUUAUUGUUCAUCCUAACUUAUAGAUCACUGAAAUCGAACAAAUGUUUUAUGGAUUAUAUCAUUUGGGAAAAGCUUGCAGUUGGCUAUGAACUCAAUCCUAACAAUUAGAAUUAUUUUUAGAAUAAAUUUAAUUAGACAGUUUAUUAUCUUUCAAGUGACACUCAUAUAUUUGUGGUGCUGGCUUACAGUGGUUACAUGUCUCCAGAGUAUGCAAUGCGAGGAGAGUUUUCAGUGAAGUCAGAUGUGUAUAGUUUUGGUGUGUUAAUUAUAGAGAUUAUCAGU